AUGCCAAUUAAACAAGCUCGCCAAGUUCACCCUGCAUACCAUUUAAAAUUUCUGUUUGUAUUGAAAGACGACUCGUUUUUCAUAAACUCCCAUUUCACCCAUCUCUUUUUAAAAGAUUGCAUAUUUAAUCCUAAGGGUCCGAUUUGUUGGAAGAACCUUACCCAUUUAACUAUUACACAUGGGAAAUUAGACCAUGAUUUGAUUGCAAAUAUACUAUCUGGGAGUCCAUUAUUGGAAACUCUGAGGUUGGAAUAUUGUUAUGGUUUUACAUUGCUCGAUAUUACUUCCAAAAGUGUUAAGAACUUGGUGUUCGAUGGAUAUGAUGGUGAAGUUAAAUCAUUUGAUAGUCUUGACCGUGUUAUUGAAAUCAAUGCUCCUUAUAUUUCAUCCCUAAGCAUCAUUGGUUGUUUGUUGUUAUCGAAGAUUUUGUUGCGAAAUGUGUCUUCUUUAGUCAAAGCUAAGUUAGAUUUUACCAAGUACGGGCAUGAUAGGAAGGCUCGUAAAGAAGAGAAUGAAGAAAUGCUUAAAAGGUUUAUACUAAGCCUUCACCAUGUCAAAGAGCUAAUAUUUGGGAGUGAUUGUUAUAAGGUAAAUCCUUGUUAUCUUUCUGCAAUAUUUAUAUUUGUUAAGAUUAUUGAUCAGUAG